AUGGAGGCCUGCGAGAUUGAAUUUCUUGCUGAAGAUAGCAUCGUGACGGUCCUACCCAAUUUCUCAGAAAACAAGAUUUAUUUAAUCAGUGGUGAUGUUGGUCCCUUUAAUCCUUCCAUGCCAACGGAUCUGCCUUUAUGGCUAGCCAUCGAUCUGAAGCAACGCCAAAAAUGUCGAAUUCAACCUCCAAAAUGGAUGAAUGUCGAAACUCUUCAAGAGUUGAAACAAGCGGAAAAUGAUUCUGCACUUUUCUGUCCUAUGCCUGAUCCACAUUAUAUUGAGAUAACCCAGCUGUUGAUGAACUGUGCUGCAGAGGAUAUACCCCAUGCCGAUGAGAUUAAAACAUUAAUAAAAGAUAUAGCUGAUUUACGCAUGGCGAAAUUAAAGAAGAGUAUGGACGGAAUGAUUAAAGAAAAAGCAACCAAUGCUAGGUUAGAUAAUUUAUCCAUGAUGGAGAUUAACCUCAUAAGACCUUUAUUGACGCAAGCACUUGACCAGUCGUAUCGUCUCCAAUGCUUGCAAGAUGAACAACUUCAACUGGCUGGUACUGAAUAG